GGGACCAUGAAUAACUCAGAGAUAGCUACUGUGACACAGUUUGUUUUACUGGGCUUUCCUGGUCCCUGGAAAAUGCAGAUUGUCCUUUUCUCAAUGAUUUUGUUGGUAUACAUCUUGACUCUGACUGGGAAUAUGGCCAUCAUUUGUGCAGUAAGGUGGGAUCACCGACUCCAUACCCCUAUGUACAUGUUCCUGGCCAACUUCUCCUUCCUAGAGAUCUGGUAUGUGACCUGCACAGCUCCCAACAUGCUGACCAACUUUCUUUCCAAAACUAAGACUAUAUCCUUCUCUGGCUGCUUCACUCAGUUCUACUUCUUCUUUUCCCUGGGCACAACUGAGUGCUUCUUCCUCUGUGUCAUGGCUUACGACCGGUACCUGGCCAUCUGCCACCCACUACAUUAUCCCUCCAUCAUGACGGGUCAGUUUUGUGUCAUUUUGGUGUCUCUUUGUUGGCUCAUUGGUUUCUUUGACCAUUCAAUUCCCAUUUUCUUCAUUUCUCAACUACCCUUCUGUGGUCCCAACAUCAUUGAUCAUUUUCUGUGUGAUGUGGACCCAUUGGUGGCAUUGUCCUGUGUCCCUAAACCCAUCAUAGAGCAUGUAUUCCAUUCUGUGAGCUCUCUUACCAUCAUUCUCACCAUGUUGUAUAUCCUUGGGUCCUAUACACUGGUGCUCAGAGCUGUGCUUCAAGUUUCUUCUUCAACUGGACGACAAAAAGCCUUCUCUACCUGUGGGUCCCACUUGGUUGUGGUGUCUCUGUUCUAUGGAACCAUAAUGGUGAUGUAUGUGAGUCCUACAUCUAGCAACUCAGUUGCUAUGCACAAGAUCAUCACACUGAUAUACUCUGUGGUAACCCCAGUCUUAAACCCCCUCAUCUACAGCCUGCGUAACAAGGAUAUGAAAUAUGCCCUCCGUCAUGUCUUCUGUGGAAUGAAAAUUAUCCAGAACUCUUGA